AUGGACAGCUUCACCUUGGAAUAUGACGAUGAGCAGGGUUCCUCUUCACAACCCUCGAACCCUUCAUAUAUGCCCGCCUUUUCCAACGGCAAUUAUACCUUCAGUGCGAUCUUACCCCAAGAUGCAGAUCUACCUCUCACAAACUUCGCACGAUCACAGCCUUCGGACCUAGAUCAGUCUAAUGUCAUGCCCACAUAUGGGAUCCCGACCUCGGGUAUCUCGAUGCCAAUGAAUAUGGAUGCCACCAACGCCUAUGCCUACCAUAUUCCAACGACUUACCCGACCACCACCAUGGGGAUGCCUUCGCAGAUCGUUCAUUCGCCAUUUCAGUCUACAUACCCGCCCUUCCCACCCUCCAUGACGGCGCCCCAUUAUUCCCAGCUGCUCGCCCCGCCAACCCGCAAGGAACUAUAUGAUCACACAGACUCGACAACCAAUUUCGAGGAUUCCGACUUUUCAGGUCGCACGAGCAACUGGCCGCCCGCGCGCCCGCAGGUGCAGGUACAGCGGGUCCAGCGACAACAUCCGGAGCGCCGCCUGCCUGCCCAGCCGUACCGUGUAUCGCAACCAGUGGCUAUCCAGCCCAAGAAGCCCAUUACUGCCAAAAAGGAUAUCUCGCCGGGGCUUCAAAGACCCGAGAUUGGCAAGACUGAACAUACCGGCAUCUAUUCGACGACUGGCUUUGAUGUGCUAGGUGCCUUGGGUCGUGUGGCUAUGCGGCCCAACCCUAAAAUUAACAUUGGCGCAGUUGAUCUCUCAUGCGCCUUUGUGAUGUGUGAUAUCUUGAUCGAGGAUCAUCCAAUUGUCUAUGUGUCAGAGGCCUUUGAACGAUUGACCGGUUAUACCAAAGAUGAAAUCGUUGGCCAGAAUUGUCGAUUUCUUCAAGCACCAGACGGCAAGAUGAACGCUGGCACCAAGCGGACCUUUGUCGAUGGACAGACCGUCCAUCGGCUACGCUCAACCAUCAACGACCGCAGUGAGAUCCAGGCUAGUAUAAUCAACUACCGCAAGGGUGGACAGCCCUUCAUGAAUCUCAUCACCAUGAUCCCCAUCCAGUGGGAUUCAGAUGUGUAUCGGUACUAUGUCGGAUUCCAGGUCGAUCUGGUUGAAAAGCCCGAUGCUGUGAGGGGAAGAAAUCCUGAUGGUAAUUAUAGCAUUAACUAUCAGCGCGAUCAGCUGCCACAGUAUAUAGUUCCGCCACCAGAGAUUUAUUCCUCGCGACCAGACCUCGGUUUACGAUAUGGUCAUGACGAAGUGACUACCAUUCUCAACGCCAUGAGUGCGGCUGGCAAUGAUGUCAACCGGCACUACCUCGAUCGCAUUUUGGUUGAGAACACCGACGAUGUGAUCCACGUGCUUUCAUUCAACGGUGAAUUCCUGUAUCUGUCGCCCUCUUGCAAGAAGAUUCUAGAGUACGACCCGGUCGAGCUGAUCGGCAAGACCCUAUCCACCAUCUGCCACCCCAGUGAUAUUGGUCCAGUCAUCCGUGACUUGCGGGCGAGCACGACAACAGCUCCAGUGAGUGUCGUGUAUCGCAUCAGGCAAAAGCACAGAGGAUAUAUGUGGUUCGAGAGUCAUGGCGCGUGGCACAUCGAUCCGAACCAGGGCCGGAGGCAUCUUGUCAUGACUGGCCGCCCACGACCCGUUUACAGCUUGGAUCAGAUUGCUCGCCUGGGCUCAUCCGCCGCGCUCGCCGAGAAUGACGUUUGGGCCAAAAUUUCUUUGUCUGGAGUCAUUCUGUUCGUUACGAGCAAGGUGAAGCCAGUGCUCGGUCGCUCGCCUGACGAUCUCAUCGGUAAAGGCAUUCAAGAGAUCAUGGAACCCGAGACUGGUGGCACCGCUACGAUCACACAAGCCCUGGAGGUAGCCUGUCGAGGACAAGGAGCUGGCAUGGCCACCAUGUGGCAUAAGAAAGGCCACGCCCUAUUAGCACAUACCACAUUGUACACCGGCGACGCAGAGAAGGGAAUCAAACCAACCUUCCUCGUCGCCCAGAUUCGAUUUGCUCGGUCUUUCUCUCCAUCCGCCACCGCAAUCUCAGCCGCCGAAGACAAAAGUCUCGGUAUGCUCACCGGAACCGCACGCAACGCAACGCUCACAGUUGAUGACCCAGCCCCGCCCCGCCAGUACGGCGCUCUUGGCCAACGCAUGCCCGAUCUAUCAAAUCUCAUCGGCCUCAACGGUCUACCCACUGGCAACCGCAGCAUUUCACCCUCUGAUUAUCCAGCAACCUUCUUCACAGAGCUCAAUCCCACACGCGGAUCGAGCUGGCAGAUCGAGCUACGUGAGCUAGAAAAGCAGAAUCGCACUCUGGCCGAUGAAUUGCAACGCCUAUUGGCUCGUCGUAGGAAGCGCAAGCGCAAGCAAAGCGCUAUGGCAGUCGAGAAAUUUUGCGCUAUGUGCAGCACAAAGAACACCCCCGAGUGGCGGCGUGGUCCGAGUGGAAACCGGGAUCUUUGCAAUAGCUGCGGUCUGCGGUGGGCGAAGCAAGUCCGUAGCCAGGCGCAGGCGCAGGCUGCGGCUUCUUCAUCUGUUAUAGUUGACUGA